UGACUCGAUGGCGAAGGAGUUGGCGGCGCGACGCCGGAAGAUGCUCGCUUCCGGCGGUUGUUACAGCCCGCCGUACGAGGGUUGUAGCUCGGAGGGAGUGGCGGCGACGGGAGGAUGCCGGAUUGGGGUGCCGCUGAUCGGGGAGGACAUUCAGUACGGGGGUGGCGAUUGUGGUGGGAAGAGGAGCGCUGCGGAGCUCAAGAAACCUUCCUGUGAGCAAGAUUGUUCCGACGUGACGACCCGUCCAAAGUGUGAAGCUUCCCAGCCGCCAGCGAAGGUCUUCAAAGAUUUCACUUUCUUCGUUUUCUUGAAACAAGAUUGAAGGAUUUUACAGCGAUUU